GUCAAACCGUAAAACCACCAAGUAUUUUCUCCGAGCCAAAAUCAAAGCACCUCCAAACACGUAUCACCCCAUUCCCAGCACAAAACAUUUUAAUCGAAGGAACCGUCUGCAGUUUUCCAGCUUGUGUGUUGAAGGAAUAGAAAACAAAACCACAAAAACUAAGAGCAACUAAUUAAAAGGCCAUCCUUCAACACAGGCUCAAAGAUUUCUAGGAAGCUUGAAGGUGAGAAGGAAGGCAGAAGAAGAAUAAUAAGAGCUAAAAUAUGGCAAUGGCUCUGCUUAGAAUGUUGCUGUUGGCAGCAAUCGUCUGCUGCUUCUUGAUGGGAUCAGCCACUGCAAAUUAUCCAAUGGCGCACAUUGUUGGAGGAAGCUUCGGAUGGAGCGUACCUGAGAACAACAAAACCUUCUAUGCUGAUUGGAGUGCCCCUAGAACCUUUGGGGUUGGCGAUAAACUUGUUUUCCCAUUCAGAACUGGCACCGGCAAUGUGGUGACGGUGGACAAGGCGGACUACGAGGACUGCACUCAAAAAACUACGAUCGCCUUUUACUACCUGGGACCAACAACUAUCGUGCUCAGCAAACCAGGAGACUACUACUUCUAUAGCGGUACUGGCAAGCACUGCGAGGCUGGCCAAAAGCUCCACGUCAAAGUUGAAGAAGGAAAGCAGGGAUCUUCCGGAUCUCAGUUUUCAUUCAAUAUCAAACUCGGUGCUGCUGCCCCGAAGGCCUUGUCCCCGGCACCUUCUAAUGCGGAUGCUGCAGCUGCUCCUGCUCCAAAGGCCUCAGCCGCCGCCACCAUUCAAAAUGUUGGCAUCGCUUCUGGCCUUUUCACCAUCCUAUUUUCUUUGUUCAUAUAAAUGUGUGAAGACUCUAUGAUGGCCUUGCAAUUGUAUCUUUACGAGUAUGUUAUAUAAACUUAGAAAAAGAAAGUCUGAGCGUAUUUACACUCUGAUAUGUAAUUAUAUUGGCCUGGUGAAUUUAUAAGGCAAUGUAAUAAUGCACUACUAUUUAUACAUGGUUGCAUACUGAUAGUGAAUUUGCAUCUAA